AUGGGCGGACACGCUGUCACGCCUGCCAUAUAUCGAAUACUGGGCAAGGAUCUUGGUGCGUUACUUGAGUUAUCCGAUAACGCUGGCGAAGAUGAGGAAGCGGACGGUCCCGUUGAAGUGUUAGAAAGGAACGCAGCAGCAUAUUGCUGUCGUUGUAUUCGACAUUUAACAACGUCUCCCCGCCAUCACUGUGAGCCUGCUGAGGGUCGACGCAAGAAAUGCAAGCACUGCUCGGUGAUGAAGCACGUUUGCGUUCCGGGCGCUGUGACAGCUGCAGUUAAGUUCUUCGCAGCGAAGAUCCGUGGGGCUCAACGAAAUGGUUCCCCUGAGGCCCCGGCUGAAACAGUGAUUGGUGAGAUCCCGGUGGCUACAUCGCCGGUCGCAGCUCCCAAGUCAUCGUUGAAACGUCGUGCUUCGCCAGUUGAGGAAAUCCGGGGUAAUAAGCAGGUCUGCCUUGGUGACAAUUCCUCAAAUGACACUGGCCAAGCUGAGGCGGAUCUGUUUUUUAGUCCCUGGGCGGAAUAA